AUGAAGACCAUGAAGAAAGACACUCCACUGACCGCUCUUGAAGAACCAAUUCUCAUCGCCAAGUUACAGAAAAUCCCUCGCAAGUACGGUCCACCAACACGUCGCCUAGGCAGCGCAGCCGAGAAGAUCAACCCUUGCAAACCAACGAGGAAGUUACUCGAUCUCGCCCAAAUCGUAAACGUCAUCAACGUGACCGACUAG